AAGCCGUCGGGCGGCCAUCUUGGGUCCGUGAGGCUCUGAGGUGCCGGGAGCGGCGGCGGCGGCGGCGGCCACCAGGCGGAGGCUGAGGCGGGGAGCAGGCGGGAGGGAGAGGAGCAGCCGGGCGCAGGCGCCGUCUCCGCAGCCCCCUCCAUGGUCGGCGCCCGCAGCCCGCGGCGGCCUGUCUUGCGCUCUACCUCUCGCACAUCCUCCUCCGCCUUCUCUUCAGGGGCCACCGGCGACGCUGUGUGGGGGCCCGGGCGCUGAAACCCGCGGAGCGGCGGGCGGAGGAGGAGGCGAGGGGGUCCGGGCCCGCGGGGCGCCCUGAGGCGCGGGGACGCGGGCGGGCCGACCCGCAGCCCGCCGCCGCCGGCCCGGCCCCGCCACCGCCGCCCGCGGGCCCCUGGCGCGGCCGCCGGGGCCGGGGAGCAUGAGCCCCGGGACCCGCCGGGGGACGGCCCGGGCCCGGCCCGGGAUCUAGACGGCCGUGGGGGAGGGGAGCCCCUCCCGCGGCGCCGCUCCAGAACCGCCGGCCCCUCGACGACGCCGUCGCCGGCCUCCGCGGCCGUGCCGUUUUGUUUCCCCUCGCGUCGUGCACAAGUGAAGUGAAGGAAAAUGUCCACGAGGACUCCGUUGCCCACGGUGAAUGAGCGGGACACCGAGAACCACACGUCACAUGGAGAUGGGCGGCAAGAAGUGACCUCUCGCACUGGGCGCUCUGGAGCUCGGUGUAGAAACUCUAUAGCUUCCUGUGCAGAUGAACAGCCUCACAUCGGAAACUACAGACUGUUGAAAACAAUCGGCAAAGGGAAUUUUGCAAAAGUGAAAUUGGCAAGACACAUCCUUACAGGCAGAGAGGUUGCAAUAAAAAUAAUAGACAAAACUCAGUUGAAUCCAACAAGUCUACAAAAGCUCUUCAGAGAAGUACGAAUAAUGAAGAUUUUAAAUCAUCCAAACAUAGUGAAGUUAUUUGAAGUCAUCGAAACUGACAAAACACUCUACCUUAUCAUGGAGUAUGCAAGUGGAGGUGAAGUGUUUGACUAUUUGGUUGCACAUGGAAGAAUGAAGGAAAAAGAAGCAAGAGCUAAAUUUAGACAGAUAGUGUCUGCAGUCCAGUACUGCCACCAGAAGCGGAUCGUUCACAGAGACCUCAAGGCUGAAAAUCUGUUGUUAGAUGCUGAUAUGAACAUUAAAAUAGCUGACUUUGGUUUUAGCAAUGAAUUUACUGUGGGCAACAAACUGGACACGUUCUGUGGCAGCCCUCCAUACGCAGCCCCGGAACUCUUCCAGGGCAAGAAGUACGAUGGGCCGGAGGUGGACGUGUGGAGCCUCGGCGUCAUUCUGUACACGCUGGUCAGCGGGUCGCUGCCCUUCGACGGGCAGAACCUGAAGGAGCUGAGAGAGAGGGUGCUGCGAGGGAAGUACAGAAUCCCUUUCUACAUGUCCACAGACUGCGAGAACCUCCUCAAACGCUUCCUGGUGCUGAACCCAGUGAAGCGAGGCACUCUGGAGCAAAUCAUGAAGGACCGGUGGAUCAAUGCAGGCCAUGAGGAGGAUGAACUUAAACCAUUUGUUGAACCAGAACUAGACAUCUCAGACCAGAAAAGAAUAGAUAUUAUGGUGGGAAUGGGAUAUUCCCAAGAAGAAAUUCAAGAAUCUCUUAGUAAAAUGAAAUAUGAUGAAAUCACAGCUACAUAUUUGUUGUUGGGAAGAAAAUCUUCAGAGCUGGACGCCAGCGACUCCAGCUCCAGCAGCAACCUGUCACUCGCGAAGGUGAGGCCGAGCAGUGACCUCAACAACAGCACCGGCCAGUCCCCGCACCACAAGGUGCAGCGAAGUAUCUCUUCAAGCCAGAAGCAGCGGCGGUACAGUGACCACGCUGGGCCAGCUAUCCCUGCAGUCGUGGCGUAUCCAAAAAGGAGUCAGACCAGCACGGCAGACAGUGACCUCAAAGAAGACAGUGCUCCCUCCCGGAGGUCGGGCAGCAGUGCGGCUGGAGGGAAGGGGAUUGCGCCUGCCAGCCCCAUGCUUGGGAAUGCGAGCAAUCCCAACAAGGCAGACAUUCCUGAGCGCAAGACCAGCUCUGCUAUCCCCAGCAGUAACACAGCAUCUGGUGGGAUGACACGGCGAAAUACCUACGUUUGCAGUGAAAGAACUACAGCUGACAGGCACUCAGUCGUUCAGAAUGGCAAAGAAAACAGCACUGUUCCUGACCAGAGAACUCCAGUCGCCUCCACUCACAGUAUUAGCAGUGCGGCCACCCCCGAUCGGAUCCGCUUCCCCAGAGGCACAGCCAGUCGCAGCACUUUCCACGGCCAACCCCGGGAACGGCGGACUGCCACGUACAACGGCCCGCCUGCCUCACCCAGCCUGUCCCAUGAAGCCACACCAUUGUCCCAGACUCGAAGCCGAGGCUCCACUAAUCUUUUCAGUAAAUUAACCUCAAAACUCACACGGAGGCCACAAAGGGAGAAGACGGCCCCCUGGUACCCGCGGAGGAGGGUGUCAGGAGGGGCUGACACCCUCGAGCGACUCCACGUGUCCGUGUGCAGAGUGGGUCUGGACGGCUCUGGAUUUCUUCUCUGUGAAGCCUCGGCACCACCGGACAGCAGCACCAUGAGCUUCGUGGCUUACGAAGAGCUGAUCAAAGAGGGCGACACGGCCAUCUUGUCGCUGGGCCACGGGGCAAUGAUGGCGGUGCGAGUGCAGCGUGGGGCACAGACCCAAACCCGGCACGGUGUCCUGCGGCACUCAGUGGACCUCAUCGGCCGCCCUUUUGGCUCCAAGGUGACCUGUGGCCGAGGCGGCUGGGUAUACGUGCUGCACCCCACGCCUGAGCUCUGGACACUGAACCUGCCGCACCGCACCCAGAUCCUCUACUCCACAGACAUCGCCCUGCUCACCAUGAUGCUGGAGCUGCGGCCCGGCUCUGUGGUCUGUGAGUCCGGCACUGGCAGUGGUUCCGUGUCCCACGCCAUCAUCCGCACCAUCGCGCCCACGGGCCACCUGCACACGGUGGAGUUCCACCAGCAGCGGGCAGAGAAGGCUCGGGAGGAGUUCCAGGAGCACCGCGUGGGCCGCUGGGUGACUGUUCACAACCAGGAUGUGUGCCGAAGCGGCUUCGGCGUGAGCCACGAGGCUGACGCUGUCUUCCUGGACAUCCCGUCGCCUUGGGAGGCCGUGGGCCACGCCUGGGACGCCCUCAAGGUUGAAGGUGGGCGCUUCUGCUCCUUCUCGCCCUGCAUCGAGCAGGUGCAGCGCACGUGCCAGGCGCUGGCGGCCCGAGGCUUCCUGGAGCUGAGCACGCUGGAGGUGCUGCCGCAGCUGUACAACGUGCGCACAGUCAGCCUGCCGGCGCCGGACCUGGGGGCCGCCCCCGGCCCCGACGCCGGCCCCUUCCGCAGCGGCACGCCCAUGAAGGAGGCGGUGGGCCACACUGGCUACCUGACCUUUGCCACCAAGACCCCUGACUAGUGGGCUACGCACCAGGAGACCCAGGCAGGAAGGCGCAGCCUGCCGCAGGCCACCUUGUGUGGGCAGUGGACGCCGCCGCACCCAUGUGUCGACGGGCAGUGGGGUGGGGCGGGGCGGGGGCUGGAGGCCUCCUAGGUGGCUGAAGGGGGUAGCCGGCCCCAGGCCUCCGGUCCCCAGGGAGGGAGGCCUCUGCCCCGUCUCCUCUCCUGCUCAUUGCCAUGUGAAGUCCCCACGACCAUAAGGUUUUCCAAGUGCUGAAGCCCAGGGGUGCGGGUGGUGGGGCCCAGGUCUCACCCCUUCCCAGGUGGCCCCGCACAGGGAGGGAGGUGGGGGAGCAAAGACUCAAGGAAGAGGGCGGGGGGUUGGUGCUGCCAUGGUCCCCAGACCCCCAAGGCCCAGCUGCCACACCAGUUCUGUAGACCAGCCCGUCUCCGGGUCAGCCCUGCCCUGGCCUCUCCGCCACCAUCCCAGGUGCUGGCGGGGCCAGGCUGGCCCAGCGCCCAGGGAGAGGGGACCCUGCUACGCUCCCUGCUGCCCAACCUGCUCCUGAGGGGGAGGGCGGCUGCCUUCCCUCCAGUCCAAGGAGCGGCCCUGCCUACCUGCCUCAUGUGCCCCCCCCCUCCUGCUCUGUGCUGUGGGGCUGGGGUCCCUGCCCGCCACUGUGCAUGAAGGGCCUCUGCCUCCCCACAUAGGCCGGGAAGCCCAGGGCACGGUGCCUGCGAGGGGUUGGCCCUGACUGUGCCUGGUGCAGAAAUAAACACUGUGGCCCUG